AUGGAAGGUUACAAAUUCUCAGAUGGCUUCCUAGCCAAGACACGUUCCAGCAAAAACAAGGACUAUGGUGACGCUGCUCCCUUCCUGCCUGGGGAAGACCCUGGCCUGAAACAGGCAGAUCGGUCCAGUCAGAGAACAGUACUGCCCCUGUGGGAGAGUCUGCCGUGGUUCAAAUCCGAGUUAUUUUCUGGUCCUCCACCUCAGAGAGCCAGGAUUGAUGGACCUAAGACCAACCGAUCAGCGAGGAAAAGAAGAAAGCAGCGGCUACCAGAAGACUCCAAACUACAGCAGUACUGUCUUCAGGGUGAUGCUCAAGUUCUCAGUGUGGACUUCGGGCCGAUGUUAGAAGAUAUGGCCAUCCGUCUGGUGGUGACAGGAUUCCUGCUAAACCUGGCCUUCAUGGACACAAGCUACGUCUCCGUCACCAUCCCCAAAUCCAUCCUCAACUCCCUCCUGAACGUGAACUCCAUCUCCCUGCCAGCUUGCACUGCCCAGUUCUUUCUAAUGAUUUUCUUGGUGGUAAUGGAGUUGGCCCUGAUGACCAUCAUGUCCCAUGACCACUUCGUGGCCAUCUGCCACCACCUGUUCUAUAACAACCUCAUGCACCGCAGGGCCUGUGCCUCCUUGCUGGCUGCCUUCUGGCUCAGCUGUGGUCCGAACGCCACCCUCUACAUGGCCAGCGUCUUCUCCCUGUCCUUCUCGAAAACCAUCGGCUUAUCCUUCUUCUGCUUCGUGCUCAUCGUGGCCCCAUACUCGCACAUAUUCUGGACCAAGCUCAGGAUGCUGGCCACCGAGGGCCAGAUCAAAGCCUUCUCCACUUGCCUGCCCCACCUCGCUGUCGUCACCCUUUUCAUUACUUCCGGCUCCUCUGCCUACCCGAAGUCGAUUUACGACUCCCCCUCGGCGCUGGAACUGAUGCUGUUCAUAUCCUACUCCGUGGUGCCCCACUCCCUGAACCUCCUCAUCUACAGCCUGAAGAACCGGGACAUGAAGUUCGCGAUGGAAAAACAUUUAGGGAAGAAGUCACCCCAGGGACCUUUCCUGUAG